ACCUCUGUCUUCUGUGGAUAACUAUAUCAACUCACGCAUCACAAAUAUAAAUAUUUUAAAUAACAUACAUUUAUAAGUUUAAAAAAAAAACACCAUAAGUUAAUAAGUGUAAAGUGCAUUUCAAAAGUAUAAUUUUAAAAUUAAUAUCUAAGUAAAAUUGUGUCAGUGCUCAAGUGAAAUUUUACUCCAUUAAAAAAGUCAUUUUUUUUUUAAAUCUAGAUAGAGAAAUAUAAGAGAGAGAAGAAUAAAUUGUUUAUGACAACGCAUGCGCAAGUUCCUAGAAGGGGUUGAAUUCCACAGAAGACUAACACUAGCUUUUUCAUCCCUCCAACGAGACGUUUGUUGAUUGUUGGACAGGGUUGCUAUCAUAUCAGAAAAUUCCGUAAUAGUCAGUCGUCGAACGGACGUUUGGACGUUAAGAUCUGGUACACCACCUGCAGAAUCUGCUGGUAGUGUAACACAAAAACAUGCAGACACGCGGUUGGUUUACGUGACUUAUGAUUAUUAAGUGUGUUAAAUAAAAUUGGAUUAUCGCAACGAUAUAUAAUAUUGAUAGUCGUCGUGGAGGGAGACAAAGACUUAAGGAAACGUCAUCAGAGUCAGACCUACUCUCUGAUCUCUAUAAAAUACACGAGGUCUGAGGAUGGCUGACAGCGAGGGUGGAUCCGAACAGGAUGAUGUUUCAUUCCUUCGUACGGAGGAUAUGGUAUGUUUAUCCUGUACAGCUACAGGAGAAAGAGUUUGUCUGGCAGCUGAAGGAUUUGGUAAUCGACAUUGUUUUCUAGAAAAUAUUGCAGACAAGAAUGUACCUCCAGAUCUUUCGCAGUGUGUCUUUGUAAUAGAACAAGCUCUCUCAGUACGAGCUUUGCAAGAAUUAGUCACAGCAGCUGGUUCAGAGACGCAACAAGAGACCCUUGGUAAAGGUACAGGAUCAGGACAUCGUACAUUACUGUACGGAAAUGCAAUUUUACUCAGGCAUCAAAACAGUGACAUGUACCUUGCUUGUCUGUCAACAAGUUCAUCCAAUGACAAAUUGUCGUUUGAUGUGGGUCUACAAGAGCACUCUCAAGGAGAGGCUUGUUGGUGGACAGUACAUCCAGCAUCAAAACAAAGAUCCGAGGGUGAAAAAGUUCGUGUUGGUGACGACCUUAUUCUUGUCUCCGUUGCUACUGAAAGAUAUUUGCAUACAACAAAAGAAAAUAAUUUAUCAGUAGUAAAUGCAUCAUUUCACGUGACACAUUGGUCAGUUCAACCCUACGGAACUGGAAUCAGUAGGAUGAAAUACGUCGGUUACGUAUUCGGUGGUGAUGUUCUUAGAUUUUUUCACGGAGGUGAUGAAUGCUUGACAAUUCCAUCUACUUGGAGUACUUCACCUGGUCAAAACCUUGUUAUUUACGAAGGAGGUAGUGUUAUGAGUCAAGCACGAUCGCUAUGGCGUUUAGAAUUAGCACGUACCAAAUGGGCCGGUGGUUUUAUCAAUUGGUUACAUCCAAUGCGAAUAAGACAUUUAACAACAGGGCGUUAUCUUGGUGUUAAAGAGAAUAACGAACUCUACUUAGUCGAUAGAAAUGAAGGUACAAUUGAAACUUCGACCUUCUGGCUACGUCAGGAGAAGGACGAUCAAAAAAUAGUCCUCGAGGAUAAGGAUCUUGAGGUCAUUGGUUUGCCAAUAAUUAAAUAUGGUGAUUCAACAGUUAUCAUGCAGCAUGCUACAACGUGUCUUUGGGUUUCUUACAAGUCUUACGAGACUAAGAAAAAAGGUGUAGGUAAGGUGGAAGAAAAGCAAGCAGUUUUACAUGAGGAAGGUAAGAUGGACGACGGUUUAGACUUCUCAAGGUCUCAAGAAGAAGAAUCGCGUACUGCGAGGGUCAUUCGUAAAUGCAGUAGCCUGUUUACUCAAUUUAUCACAGGCCUAGAAACGUUACAGGUUGACAGAAGGGCUUCAAUGUUUUUUCAAAAUGUCAAUCUUAAUGAAAUGGUCAUGUGUUUAGAGGAUUUGAUUAAUUAUUUCGCUCAGCCUGAAGAUGAUAUGGAGCAUGAGGAAAAACAAAAUAGAUUUCGUGCUUUACGAAAUCGACAGGAUUUAUUCCAAGAGGAAGGUAUUUUAAAUUUGAUAUUGGAAGCUAUUGACAAAAUAAAUGUCAUAACAUCUCAGGGAUUUUUGGUCGCUUUGUUUGGUGAUGAAAGUGGACAGGCAUGGGAUCAGAUAUCGGGAUAUUUGUAUCAAUUAUUAGCAGCAAUAAUAAAAGGAAAUCAUACCAAUUGUGCUCAGUUUGCUAAUAGCAAUCGUUUGAACUGGUUGUUUAGUCGAUUGGGAUCACAAGCUUCUAGUGAAGGUACCGGAAUGCUUGAUGUACUCCAUUGUGUUCUAAUUGAUUCACCGGAAGCGCUAAAUAUGAUGAGGGAUGAGCACAUAAAAGUUAUAAUAUCUCUGUUAGAAAAACACGGACGUGAUCCAAAAGUUCUUGACGUUCUUUGCUCACUUUGUGUCGGUAAUGGCGUAGCAGUAAGAUCGUCACAGAAUAAUAUAUGUGAUUUUUUACUUCCUGGUAAAAAUUUACUCCUGCAAACACAAUUAGUCGACCACGUAGCCAGUGUACGGCCAAAUAUUUUUGUCGGUCGUGUUGAAGGUUCAGCAGUUUAUCAAAAAUGGUAUUUUGAAGUUACAGUUGAUCAUAUUGAGCAGACUACGCACAUGAUGCCGCACUUGAGGAUCGGUUGGGCCAACACAUCCGGAUACGUUCCAUAUCCCGGGGGCGGUGAAAAAUGGGGUGGGAAUGGCGUCGGGGAUGAUUUAUAUUCAUUUGGAUUUGACGGUGCAUUUCUGUGGACCGGAGGUAGAAAGACACCAGUACUAAACAAUGCAACUGAACCGUAUAUCAGAAAAGGCGAUGUUGUUGGAUGUGCGCUAGAUCUAACUGUUCCUGUUAUAACAUUUACAUUCAAUGGAUCAAGUAUAUCUGGAUCAUUUAGAAAUUUCAAUUUAGAUGGAAUGUUUUUUCCUGUAAUAAGUUGCUCGUCAAAAUUAUCUUGUCGUUUUUUGCUGGGUGGUGAUCAAGGUAGAAUGAAAUUCCAACCACCAGAUGAAUUUUCACCCCUCGUUGAAAGUUUACUACCGCAGCAAAUACUAUCACUGGAUCCGUGUUAUUACUUUGGUAAUAUGAAUAAAGUUGUUUUGGCUGGGCCAUGGUCAGUUGAGGAUGACACGGCAUUUGUACCAGCGCCUGUGGAUACGAGUAUGAUUAAUUUGCCGGCUUAUGUUGAACAAAUACGUGACAAGCUGGCUGAAAAUAUUCACGAGAUGUGGGCGAUGAAUAAAAUUGAAGCGGGCUGGAUUUUCGGUGAACAACGCGAUGACAUGAGAAAAAUACAUCCGUGUAUUGUACAAUUUGAAAAACUACCGGCUGCUGAAAAACGUUACGACACCCAGUUGGCUGUACAAACACUGAAAACUAUUCUAGCUCUUGGUUAUUACAUUACUGUGGAUAAACCGGAACAACGUAUUAAAACACUGAGGCUACCGAACGAACCGUUUCUGCAGAGCAGUGGUUAUAAACCUGCACCACUGGAUUUAAGUGCUAUUACAUUGACACCGAAAAUGGAAGAAUUGGUUGAUCAAUUGGCUGAAAACACCCACAAUUUGUGGGCCAAAGAGAGAAUUAGUCAGGGAUGGACUUACGGGCUUAAUGAAGACUCGGAAAUGAGACGUAGUCCACAUUUAGUGCCUUAUCCUAAAGUUGAUGAAGCUAUUAAAAAAGCUAAUAGAGAUACUGCUAGUGAAACUGUUAGAACACUCUUAGUUUAUGGAUAUAUGUUGGAUCCACCGACUGGUGAACAGCAUGAAGCAUUAUUAUUAGAAGCAAGUAGACUACGUCAAUUGUGCUUCAGAACGUACAGAGUAGAAAAACAUUACGCAGUAACCAGUGGGAAAUGGUAUUUUGAAUUCGAAGUAUUAACCGCAGGACCAAUGCGAGUCGGAUGGGCAAAGGCCGACUGCAUGCCAGGAAAUAUGCUUGGAAGUGACGACCACACAUGGGCAUUUGAUGGGUACAACGAGGAAAAAGUAUUCUCGGGCAACGCUGAAACAUUUGGCAAACAAUGGCAAGUUGGAGAUGUUGUUGGUGUAUUCCUGGAUCUUAUUGACCGAACAAUUAGCUUCUCAUUGAAUGGAGAACUUCUUAUGGAUGCACUGGGUGGUGAAACAUCAUUUGCAGACGUUCAAGGUGAUUCUUUUGUACCGGCUUUUACACUUGGUGUUGGACAGAAAGCUAAGUUAACAUUUGGACAGGAUGUUAAUACUUUGAGAUACUUUACAACGUGUGGUCUUCAAGAAGGAUAUGAACCUUUUUGUGUAAAUAUGAAUCGAGCAGUAACAUACUGGUACACAAAAGAUCAACCGAUUUUUGAAAACACUGAUGACAUGAUUGAUACACGAAUUGACGUUGCGAGAAUACCUGCUGGCUCUGACAGUCCACCGUGUCUUAAAAUAUCACACAAUACAUUUGAAACAAUGGAAAAAGCUAAUUGGGAAUUUCUUCGUCUAUCUUUGCCCGUUAUUUGUCAAUCAUCUUUCAUAACGGAGAAUGAAAAAAUGCGACGAUGGCAAGAAAUUAAAAUGCGACAAAAUAGAUUGUUGAUUGAACAAAAUGAACAGUCACAAGCAGCCACGCCGUCAGCUCACAUGGAACAGAUUAUGAGGUCUGGAUUUAGUAUGAGUGACAUUAAAGGACUACAAAGAAAUUAUUCUGAAGACGCGGUUGAAGAUGCUGAAAUAAUGAAGGAAUCACCUUUACCACAAAGAAGUAAGCCCGCAAGACCACCAAGAAAAAAUUCUCUCUACGAAUCUCAUAAUUUAAAUCACGACGGCGGUAAUGAAGCUGAGAUGAAUGGGUUUGAAGAAAUGAACGGAGACGCUAAAGAUGAUAAAAAAUUGAAACGCGGCAGAUCACCAUUUAGAUUUUUUUCACGUAAAGCAAAAUCUCCUGAUGCAAAAUCAAGAACACCAGAGCCAACUGCGUUACUUGAUAUGGCUGAUAAAACUGGACAAGGUGUUUCAACAUCACGACUUUCCAACAAAUCACCUCAAAUCCGCGUAUCAACGACUGAUUUGAAAGUUAUUCCACCGCAAAUCCCUGAACGCAAUGCGCCAAAAGCAAUGUCAGUAAACUUAACUGGAAGUGGAGUAGAAGCAAUUGGAAAUGAACUUUUUGACGCUGAGUGUUUGAAAUUAAUGAAUGAAUACUUUUACGGAGUAAGAAUAUUUCCUGGACAAGAUCCAACUCAUGUUUAUGUUGGUUGGGUAACAUCUCAGUAUCAUCUUCACACUAAAGACUUUAAUCUUUCACGUGUUAGAAAAUCGUCAGUUGUUAUUGUUGAUGAAUAUGAGCGUCCUAUCGAACAAGUGGAUAGACAGAGUUGUUACAUGGUCCGCGCAGACGAACUUUACAACGAAGUAACUCAAGACGCUUCAGGAAAAGGAGCUUCCCAGGGAAUGUUUGUCGGUUGUUUCGUAGAUACAGCAACCGGAAUCGUAUCAUUUACUUGUGAAGGAAAAGAAACUAGUCAUAAAUUUAAAAUGGAGCCCGAUACAAAACUAUUUCCCGCGAUAUUCGUCGAAGCUACUAGUAAAGAAAUUCUUCAGAUUGAAUUAGGCCGAACGUCAACGACUCUUCCGCUCUCAGCAGCAGUUCUUCAGAAUUCUGAACGUCACGUGAUCCCACAAUUCCCACCGCGAUUAAAAGUUCAGUGUCUGAAACCCCAUCAGUGGGCGCGAGUUCCCAAUCAAUCUCUUCAGGUUCAUGCUCUGAAACUUUCUGAUAUCAGAGGUUGGUCAAUGCUUUGUGAAGACGCCAUUUCAAUGCUUGCUCUUCAUAUCCCCGAAGAGGAUAGAUGUAUUGAUAUCCUAGAACUCAUCGAAAUGGAUAAACUUCUCAGUUUCCAUGCUCAUACAUUAACUUUGUACGCUGCAUUGUGCUAUCAAUCAAACUAUCGAGCAGCCCAUGCGCUUUGUCUUCAUGUCGAUCAAAAACAAUUGUUGUAUGCGAUACGUGCUGAAUAUAUGUCAGGUCCAUUACGUCAAGGAUUUUAUGAUCUUCUUAUUGCUUUACAUCUUGAAUCACAUGCAACGACAAUGGAAAUUUGUAAAAAUGAAUACAUAAUUCCUUUAGGACAAGAAUUGAAAGAUCUUUAUGAAAAUGAAGAAAUGUGCCAUAGUUUAAGGUACUUGGAGACAGAAUCAGUACGACCGCAAAUGAAAAUGACUGAUAUCAGGUUAUUUCCUUCCAGUGAAAACCAAAACAUCGAGAACAUACGCAGCCUCUACAGUCCGUACUUUCCAUUGGAUAUUGUACGCGAUUACGUUAUGAUGGCACUAAACGAAGCUGUUGAAAUAAAUCAAGUGCACAAUCGCGAUCCUAUUGGUGGCAGCAACGAAAAUCUUUUUUUACCUUUAUUAAAACUUACUGAUCGACUAUUACUGGUUGGAAUGUUGAGGAAUGAAGAUAUUGAAAAACUUCUUAUUAUGAUUAAUCCAGAAACUUGGGACCCAACUUUUGAUAAAGAAGGAAAAGAUGAACACAAAAAAGGAUUAUUGCAUAUGAAAAUGGCUGAAGGAGCAAAAUUACAGAUGUGUUACCUCCUGCAUCAUUUGUGUGACACUCAACUGCGUCAUAGAGUUGAAUCAAUAAUCGCAUUUAGUCAUGAUUUCGUUGGAGAACUUCAAGCCGAUCAAUUACGCCGUUAUAUUGAUAUAAAACAAUCCGAUUUACCGUCAGCAGUUGCCGCUAAAAAAACCCGAGAAUAUCGUUGUCCGCCACGUGAACAAAUGAACGCAAUAUUGAGUUUCAAAAAUUUAGAAGACGACGAUCCGGAUAAUAUUCCAUGUGGAGAAGAAUUGAUUGCUAAGAUGAAUGAAUUUCACGGUAAACUUAUGUCAUACGUUUCACUUCAAGCAAUCGAAGAGUCUUCAGAUGCCGCAAAUGAAUCUGCAGAGCCUCCUAAACCGGAAGGCUGGAAAAAAGUUUUUAAUAUUAUUCCCUGGAAAUCACAGGCACUUAUGAUCAAAGAAGUUGAAGAAGAGCAAAAACCAGAAGAAGAACCUGUUAAAAAAACUCCUGAAGAAGUAUUCCGUAAGGUUUUGAUAUCGACUAUUGUCAGUUGGGCAGAAGAAACUCAAAUAGAAACACCAAAACUUGUGCGUGAAAUGUUUAGUCUUCUUGUACGACAGUAUGACACAGUAGGAGAAUUAAUAAGAGCUUUAGAGAAGACUUAUGUUAUCAAUAGUAAAACAAAAGAUGAUGUUGCUGGUAUGUGGGUGGGUUUAGUUCAAAUUCGUGCAUUGCUGCCUGUCCAAAUGUCCCAAGAAGAAGAAGAAUUAGUACGAGAAAGAUUGUGGAAACUCGUUAAUAAUCACACAUUUUUCCAGCAUCCUGACUUGAUUCGUGUGCUACGUAUUCACGAAAACGUUAUGGCUAUUAUGAUUAACACACUGGGACGUCGAUCCCAAGCACAAUCAGAUGCCCAAACUCAAGCGCAAAUUACUGAAGGCGAGACACCUUCUAAGGAGAAAGACACCUCGCAUGAAAUGGUCGUCGCUUGUUGUAGAUUUUUGUGUUAUUUCUGCAGAACUUCGCGACAAAAUCAAAAAGCUAUGUUUGAUCACUUUAAUUUCUUACUUGAAAACAGUAAUAUUUUAUUGUCAAGACCUUCGCUGAGAGGUUCGACGCCUCUAGAUGUCGCUUACUCCUCAUUGAUGGAAAAUACUGAACUUGCGUUGGCUUUACGAGAACAUUAUUUGGAAAAAAUUGCCGUUUAUCUUUCACGUUGUGGUUUGCAAUCAAAUUCAGAGCUUGUGGAAAAAGGAUAUCCGGAUCUUGGAUGGGAUCCUGUUGAAGGCGAACGUUAUCUUGAUUUCUUACGUUUCUGCGUGUGGGUUAAUGGUGAAAGCGUUGAAGAAAAUGCAAAUUUAGUAAUUCGUUUACUGAUCCGACGUCCUGAAUGUCUUGGUCCGGCUUUACGUGGUGAAGGCGAAGGUCUUCUACAAGCUAUAAUCGAAGCAAAUAAAAUGUCCGAGCGUAUUGCAGAUCGAAGAAAAGUCCAUGAUGAAGCCGAGGGUAACGCCAUAAUCGCGCAGUUUGAACACCCGCUACCUGAGUCCGAUGACGAUGAAGAUUAUAUUGAUACUGGAGCGGCUAUUUUGAACUUUUACUGUACACUUGUCGAUUUAUUGGGCCGUUGUGCACCAGAUUCAUCUGUCAUCGAACAAGGAAAAAAUGAAUCAUUGAGAGCACGAGCAAUCUUACGAUCUCUCGUUCCACUGGACGAUCUCCAAGGAGUAUUGUCUUUACGAUUUACUCUUUUGAAUCCAGCGGCCAAUCAGGAGAGACCAAAGAGUGACACUCCGUCAGGAUUAAUUCCAGGGCAUAAACAAAGUAUCGUAUUAUUCUUAGAACGAGUAUACGGUAUAGAGACCAAAGAAUUAUUCUUUAAAAUACUCGAAGAAGCUUUUCUACCUGAUCUACGUGCUGCUACGAUGCUAGACAGGAACGAUGGUUAUGAAUCAGACAUGGCACUUGCAAUGAAUCGUUACAUUGGAAAUAGUAUUUUGCCUUUAUUAAUUAAACACUCGAAAUUUUAUAAUGAAGCUGAUAAUUACGCUAGUUUACUUGACGCAACACUUCAUACUGUCUAUCGUCUCAGUAAAAAUAGAAUGCUGACUAAAGGACAGCGUGAAGCUGUCUCUGACUUUUUGGUAGCACUGACUAGCCAAAUGCAACCGAGUAUGCUGCUAAAACUUCUCCGCAAACUCACAGUUGACGUUUCUAAGCUAUCAGAGUAUACAACUGUUGCUUUGCGACUCCUUACAUUGCACUACGAUCGUUGUGCAAAAUAUUACGGAUCUACUGGCGGUCAGGGUUCAAGUGACGAAGAAAAGCGUUUGACGAUGGUGUUAUUCAGUAAUAUUUUCGAUUCAUUGUCGAAAAUGGAUUACGAUCCUGAGCUUUUUGGUAAAGCGCUACCAUGUUUAACGGCGAUUGGUUGUGCAUUACCGCCUGAUUAUUCACUAUCAAAGAAUUAUGACGACGAGUGGUACAGUAGUAAAUCAGCCUCCACACAAUCAGCCGACGGACCAUAUAAUCCAGCACCGAUCAAUACGUCAAGUGUUGUCCUUAACAAUGACUUGAAUCAAAUUGUUCAAAAGUUUUCCGAACAUUAUCAUGACGCUUGGGCUAAUCGCAAACUUGAGAAUGGAUGGACGUACGGUGAAUCAUGGUCUGAUGUCAAUAAAACUCAUCCGAGAUUAAAACCCUACAAUAUGUUGAAUGAUUACGAAAAGGAACGAUACAAAGAACCUGUUAGAGAAAGUUUGAAAGCUCUGCUUGCUAUUGGAUGGAGUGUCGAACAUGCUGAAGUUGAUGUUCCUUCAACAAAUCGAAGCUCUUUGAGACGAUCUUCUAAGAGUCAGAGUGAUGCAGGAAAUCCAUUUAAUUACAAUCCACAUCCAGUUGACAUGACAAAUCUAACAUUGAGUAGAGAAAUGCAAAAUAUGGCUGAAAGAUUAGCUGACAAUGCUCACGAUAUUUGGGCAAAGAAGAAGAAAGAAGAAUUAAUAACUUCUGGAGGAGGAAUUCAUCCACAAUUAGUACCAUACGACUUACUUACUGAUAAAGAAAAACGUAAAGAUCGUGAGCGUUCGCAAGAAUUUUUGAAAUAUCUUCAGUAUCAAGGUUAUAAACUUCACAAACCAAAUCGCGGAGGUGAGACUGAAGUAGCUGGAGCUGGAGCAGCAGUUGAACUUCGGUUCGCUUAUUCCCUUCUUGAAAAAUUGAUCGCUUACUUAGACAAAGCCACCAUUAACAUGAAACUUUUGAAACCAUCUGACACGUACAGUAGACGUAACAGUUUCAAAACUUCAACCCGUGACAUUAAAUUUUUCAGCAAAGUUGUAUUGCCUUUGAUGGAAAAAUACUUUAGUACUCACAGAAAUUAUUUUAUUGCUGUUGCAACGGCAACAAAUAACGUCGGCGCAGCUUCAUUAAAAGAAAAAGAAAUGGUCGCUGCAUUGUUUUGUAAAUUGGCUAGUUUAUUACGUUCGAGACUUGCGGCAUUUGGCGCCGAUGUACGUAUUACUGUACGCUGUCUUCAAGUACUUGUCAAAGGAAUAGAUGCCAAAUCGUUGGUUAAAAAUUGUCCUGAAUUUAUUAGAACGUCUAUGCUAACAUUCUUCAAUAAUACUGCUGAUGAUCUUGGUCACACGAUUUUAAAUCUUCAAGAAGGUAAAUACAGUCAUCUUCGAGGUACACAUUUGAAGACAUCAACGUCAUUGUUUUAUAUUAAUAGUGUUGUGUUACCAACACUUACUGCAAUGUUUGAUCAUCUUGCUGUUUGUGAAUAUGGCAGUGAUCUUUUACUUGAUCAAAUUCAAGUGGCGUCAUACAAAAUGUUAGCAUCACUCUAUACUUUAGGAACAGACGCAUCUUUAACCCACGAUCGGAAAUAUUUGAAGACUGAAAUUGAAAGAAAUAAACCAAAUCUAGGCUCAUGUCUCGGUGCAUUCUCAAGUUGUUUUCCCGUAGCUUUUCUUGAGCCGCAUCUUAAUAAACAUAAUCAAUUUUCUUUGCUAAAUCGUAUUGCUGAUAAUUCUCUCGAAGCACAAGACAUUAUGACGCGAAUGGACUCAAGUAUGCCGACAUUAGAAACAAUUCUAGCCGAAGUAGAUCAAUUUGUCGAGUCAGAACUAACUUAUAUCGAUGCCCCACAUAUCGUUGAUGUCAUACUACCUCUACUGUGUUCUUAUCUACCAUUCUGGUGGGCCCAGGGUCCAGAUAAUGUUAAUCCCACCGAAGGUACUUAUGUUAGUAUGGUAACCAGUGACCACAUGAAUCAAUUAUUGAAAAAUGUAUUAAAAUUAAUUAAAAAAAAUAUUGGUAAUGAAAACGCCCCAUGGAUGACACGUAUUGCUGCCUAUACACAACAAAUAAUUAUAAAUUCCUCAGAGGAAUUAUUGAAAGAUCCAUUUUUACCGUUAGCUGAAAGAGUUAGAAAACGCACGGAUAAUAUGUUUCAUAAAGAAGAGUCAUUACGUGGCUUUAUUAAGUCAUCGACUGAUGAUACUUCUCAAGUUGAAGCACAAAUACAAGAAGAUUGGCAAUUACUUGUACGUGAUAUUUAUUCUUUCUAUCCAUUGUUAAUUAAAUAUGUUGAUCUUCAACGUAAUCAUUGGCUGAGAAAUAAUAUUUCUGAGGCUGAAGAUUUGUACAAUCAUGUGGCAGCAAUUUUUAAUAUUUGGUCAAAGUCACAAUACUUCCUUAAAGAAGAACAGAAUUUUAUUUCUGCAAAUGAAAUUGAUAACAUGGUACUUAUUAUGCCUACCGCUAUACGAAGAACUGCUACUGUUACUGACGGAUCUGCUCCUGUUGGUGGCGGAAAGAAAAAGAAAAAGAAUCGUGAUAAAAAGCGUGAUAAAGAUAAAGAAGUCCAAGCAUCAUUAAUGGUAGCCUGUUUAAAACGUUUACUACCAGUAGGACUUAAUUUAUUUGCCGGUCGUGAACAAGAAUUAGUUCAACACUGCAAAGAUCGUUUUCUAAAAAAACUUCCCGAGACAGAUAUUGCAGAAUUUGCGAAAAUACAACUGACAUUACCAGAUAAAAUAGAUCCUGCAGACGAAAUGUCUUGGCAGCAUUACUUGUACUCGAAAUUGGGACAGAAGAAAGAUAUAGUUGAAUCUGGUAAAACGCCACAAACUGAAGACGUUGUUAUGAGAAUCACCGACAUGGCCAAAGUUCUCUAUGGAUUGCACAUGAUUGAUCAUCCUCAGCAGCAAGGCAAGAGUAGUUACAAAUCCGUGGUCUCUAUUCAACGGAAACGAGCGGUUAUCGCUUGUUUCCGUCAGAACCCCUUACAUUCCUUACCCAGACAUCGCGCUAUAAAUAUAUUUGCAAGAACUUAUUAUGAGUUGUGGCUUCAAGAUGAAAAUGUUGGACAGGAAAAAAUGAUUGAAGAUUUAACGCAAACUUUCGAAGACGCGGAACUCAAAAAAGUCGAUUCUGCAGAAGACGAAGGAAAACCUGAUCCCUUAACCCAAUUGGUAACGACUUUCUGUCGUGGUGCAAUGACUGAACGUACUGGUGCACUGCAAGAAGAUUUUCUGUACAUGAGUUACGCUCAGAUUAUUUCAAAAUCUUGUGGAGAAGAAGAAGAAGAGGGUGAGGAUGAAGAAGGCGGUGGUGGUGGUGGUGAAGAAGAUGGCAGAGCUGCAAUUCAUGCGCAAGAAAUGGAAAAGCAAAAGUUACUAUUUCAUCAAGCACGACUUUCAAAUCGCGGGGUUGCGGAGAUGGUUCUUUUACAUAUAUCAGCAUGUAAAGGAGUACCAAGUGAAAUGGUAAUGAAGACUCUAGAAUUAGGAAUAUCAAUUCUUCGUGGUGGUAAUAUUGAAAUACAGCGAGGAAUGUUGAAUCAUUUGAAAGAGAAAAAAGAUGUUGGUUUCUUUACAUCAAUCGCUGGAUUAAUGAACUCCUGCAGUGUGUUAGAUCUUGAUGCAUUUGAGAGAAACACAAAAGCUGAAGGUUUGGGUGUAGGAUCUGACGGUGCUGCUGGUGAAAAAAAUAUGCAUGACGCUGAAUUCACAUGCGCUUUGUUUAGAUUUAUUCAAUUGACUUGUGAAGGUCACAAUUUAGACUGGCAAAAUUAUUUAAGAACACAAGCAGGAAACACGACAACAGUUAACGUUGUAAUAUGUACAGUGGAUUAUUUAUUGAGAUUACAAGAAUCAAUAAUGGAUUUCUAUUGGCAUUAUUCGAGUAAAGAAUUAAUUGAUCCUGCUGGAAAAGCAAAUUUUUUUAAAGCAAUCAGUGUCGCUAGUCAAGUAUUUAAUACACUUACGGAAGUUAUUCAAGGUCCUUGCGCUCAAAAUCAACAAGCACUUGCACACUCGCGUUUAUGGGAUGCUGUCGGUGGUUUUCUAUUUUUAUUCUCUCAUAUGCAAGAUAAAUUAUCAAAACAUUCAAGUCAAGUAGAUUUAUUAAAAGAGUUGUUGAAUUUACAAAAAGAUAUGAUUACUAUGAUGUUAUCUAUGCUUGAAGGAAAUGUUGUAAACGGUACGAUUGGUAAACAGAUGGUAGAUACUUUAGUAGAGUCAGCGAGUAACGUUGAAUUGAUCCUUAAGUACUUUGAUAUGUUUUUAAAACUUAAGGAUCUUAUUUCCUCGCCAAGUUUUCUUGAAGUUGAUCUUAAUAAAGAUGGAUGGGUGUAUCCGAAAGAUUUUAAAGAGAAAAUGGAACAACAAAAAAGUUAUACACCGGAAGAGAUGGAAUUUUUAUUGGCAUGCUGUGAAACAAAUCAUGACGGUAAAAUAGAUUACGUGGCUUUUAUGGAUCGAUUCCACGAGCCAGCAAAAGAAAUUGGAUUUAACUUGGCGGUAUUGCUAACAAAUUUAUCGGAACAUAUGCCAAAUGAACCUCGACUAGCGCGUUUCCUCGAGACAGCUGGUUCAGUUCUAAAUUACUUUGAGCCAUUCCUCGGUAGAAUUGAAAUCUUGGGUGGUAAUAGAAAAAUAGAGCGUGUUUACUUUGAAAUAAAGGAAUCAAAUAUUGAGCAGUGGGAAAAACCGCAAAUUAAAGAAUCAAAACGGUCGUAUUUCUACAGUACGGUUGUUGAAGCUGGCGACAAAGAAAAGCUUGAAACGUUUAUUAAUUUUUGUGAGGAUGCUAUUUUUGAAAUGCAACAUGCAAGUGCACUUAUGGCCAUUGAGGAAAGUGGAGGAAUCGGUAAAGCGCGUGAAUCAUCGUAUACAUAUAUCACUGAUGAUGAUGAAGAAAAAAAUAAAGAUCCAAUUAGACGUGGUAUUCAAGCUUUCAAAGAUGGGGUUUCAACUUUCUUUACAAUGUUUUCAAUAACAAAUAUUAAAACAAAAAUUGCUGAAAUGCAACAAAUGACGAUACCUGAACUUAUUGUUGGUUUCUUUAAAAUUAUAUUCUAUGCGUUUUAUUAUUCUGGAUUUGGUGUUGGUAUUGUUAUUAAUUACUUUUUGAAAUUCUUAUUGGCAUUAAUGCGUGGCCCACAUGUCGAAGAACCUGUUGUUGAAGUUAAGGAAGAAGAAGAAAAAUAUUCACGGCAUUUACCUACACUACCCCCUACACCUGAUGAAUCUAAUUUACAAGUACAAGCAUUUGGUAUGGAUAUAACUAAAGAAGAAGGUGGUCAAAUAAAAAUAGCAGCCCAUGAAUCGAAUCCCUCAUCUCUACAGUCUAGUAUAGAUGAACCAGGAGAAAGUACUCCUGAAGAAGGAUUAGUUGAAAAUGCUAAUAAAGCUGAAGGAGAGACUGAAGGACCUGUUACUUUAGCUGAUCUUCUUGGCGGUGAACAAGCGAGAGCUCAAGCAGCAGCAACGGCGGAAGCAGCAGCAGCACAACAAGCAGCAAUGGCUGCAGUUGAAGCUGAAGCUAAACAAGAAAUCGUAGCCGAGCCAUCAGCUGGUUAUACAUUUGAUUUUUCAGCCUACACUCAUCGUAUUCUUUCUUGGUUGGCUAGAAAUUUCUACAAUCUUAAAAUUAUAGCUUUGUGUCUCGCCUUCUUGAUAAACGUUACUCUCUUGUUCUAUCGAGUAUCAUCUUUGGUGGAUGAUGAAGAUGGCAGUGGAGAUUCAAUUGAUGAUAUCUUGUCAGAAAUGUCCGGAGCCAGUGGUUCAGGAAUGGGUAGCGGUUUUGCAGAAACGGCAAGUAGUGGAGAUGAUGAAAACGGAUCCGACGAGGAUGAAGAUCCUCUUGAAUAUGUUUCAGUACCAGAUGAUUAUUAUUAUAUGUCUCAUCUGAUGAGAAUAAUGGCCGGUUUACAUUCACUUGUAUCACUAGCGAUGCUUGUUGCUUACUAUCAUCUCAAAGUGCCACUCGCUAUUUUCAAACGUGAAAAAGAAGUUGCUCGUAGAGUCGAAUUUGAUGGUUUGUAUAUUGCCGAAAAUCUAGAAGAUACAGAUUUGAAAGCACGUUGGGAUAAAAUUGUCAUAUCUGCCAAAACUUUCCCUGUUAACUAUUGGGAUAAAUUUGUUAAGAAAAAAGUUAGACAAAAGUACAGUGAGACCUAUGACUUUGAUAGUAUUAGCAACCUCUUGGGAAUGGAAAAAACUUCAUUUAGUCAACAGGAAGAAGAAGGAUCUGGAAUUAUUCAUUUCUUUUUCAGUAUUGAUUGGAGGUACCAAUUAUGGAAAGCAGGAGUUACAAUAACAGAUCAAUCUUUCUUGUACAGUUUGUGGUACUUUACAUUCUCAAUUCUCGGCAAUUACAACAAUUUCUUUUUCGCUGCUCACUUACUGGAUGUCGCAGUUGGAUUUAAAACCUUGAGAACUAUUUUGGAGUCUGUUACACACAAUGGAAAACAAUUAGUAUUAACUGUUAUGCUGCUCACAAUUAUUGUGUACAUUUACACAGUUAUUGCCUUCAAUUUCUUCCGUAAAUUUUAUAUACAAGAAGAGGAUGAUGAAGUUGAUAAAAAAUGUCAUGAUAUGCUGACGUGUUUCGUAUUUCAUCUUUAUAAAGGAGUAAGAGCUGGAGGUGGUAUUGGUGAUGAAAUUGGCGAACCUGAUGGAGAUGACUACGAAGUUUGGCGAAUUAUGUUUGAUAUUACAUUUUUCUUCUUUGUAAUUGUUAUUCUUCUGGCUAUUAUUCAAGGUUUGAUUAUUGAUGCAUUCGGAGAGCUUCGUGAUCAAUUGGAAAAUGUUAAAACAAAUAUGGAAAGUAAUUGUUUUAUAUGCGGAUUGGGUAAAGAAUAUUUUGAUACAGUACCACAUGGAUUUGAUACACACGUUCAACAAGAACACAAUUUAGCUAAUUACAUGUUCUUCCUCAUGCAUCUUAUUAAUAAACCGGACACGGAAUACACUGGUCAAGAGACUUAUGUAUGGAAUAUGUAUCAACAAAGAAUGUGGGACUUUUUCCCAGUGGGUGACUGUUUCAGAAAACAAAACGAAGCGGGCGAAGAAGAAGUCAAGAAAAAAUAAUUAUAAGUGUUUUAUUUUAUUUUAUUUUUUUUUUUUUAUUUAUAAAUAUCAAAUUUAUCAUACAGACGACUAAAUAUAAAGACAUCUGA